GGAUCGGGAGAUAAUAAUCUCGAAAAAACUAUCUUAGCAUUAAGUAAUGAGCUUCAAAGAAUGCGUACAGAAGCUGAAUGGAGAAACGAAACAGCAUCUCAAGCAGGAUCUAAUCGAUUCUCUUCCACAAGUCACGUUUCCAUGGGAUAUUAUUCCGAAUAUACGGAUGAAUAUGAAACUUAUUGGGUCGAAUUUACGGCUCUUUUUAAUAAUAGGAGGAAAAAAGAAGCUAAUUUUUAUCGACAUCAAAAAUCGCCAAGAAAAACUUCUAUAGAUAAAAUUAUCGAAUGGGUUGAAAAGGAAGGAAAUAAAAAAGUAGUUAGUUGGGAUUUCAGUCACAAUAUACUGGAAAACAUCAUGCAGAGUAAUGCCUUAAGCACGCAUGCAAAAGGAAAUCCUACAGAAUGCUUCCAAACAUCUGACACAGGAAGUAAUGGCCGUAUGCCAUACCAAACAUCUAACGUAGGAAAUAAUGGCCAUACGCCAGUAGAGAAUGCGUGUGAAGGAG